UCAUUUGCUUGGAAGGAAAAGAAGAAAAUAAGAAAAACAAAUGAUUAGAAAACCUAGUCCCUCUCUCUCCCCUCCCCUGCGUUUUCACCCCGCAUCAGCUCCUCCCACGCGUUCACCUUUUCCUUCGCUCGGUGCGCUGCUCUUCUUCUCUUUUCUUUCUCCGGCGAGGCCACAUUUUGCGACAGUGACUCCUUACACGGUAUCAACGACGCGAGCUUCAUCUUCUCUCUUGCGACCGGAGUGACCCACGAAGCGAAACCCACCAAACCUCUUUAGCCGACUGCGACCAUCGGCAAACCCACGACGUUUGGCAACUUCCGGAACUUGGUCUCAGAAACCUGCACGACCCAAACACUCUGACAUCAACGUUUCUUUUCUUACCUUUCGAAAAGACUCGAGCUCAGAGGUCUUCUACUGGAAGUGAGCAGGAAUUUCACUCAAGGUAUUUAGGCACUUGGUGGGGAAUGGAGAACACUGACGUGUUCUUGGGUCUGCACGAUUUUCUUGAGCGCAUGCGUCAACCAUCUGCCUCAGAUUUUGUCAAGUCCAUUAAAAGCUUUAUUGUGUCAUUUUCGAAUAAUGCUCCCGAUCCUGAAAGGGAUAGUGCUUCUGUCCAAGAAUUCUUUGCCAAAAUGGAGGGAGCUUUUAGAGCUCAUCCACUUUGGUCUGGUUGCUCGGAAGAAGAGCUGGAAAGUGCUGGUGAGGGAUUGGAGAAGUAUGUCAUGACAAAGUUAUUUUCUCGUGUCUAUGCUUCACUUGCAGAUGAUGUCAAAAUAGACGAACAACUUUCUGAAAAAAUGGCAUUGAUUCAACAGUUCAUUAGGCCAGAAAAUUUGGAUAUCAAACCAAAUUUCCAAAAUGAAACAUCAUGGUUGCUUGCUCAGAAGGAACUCCUGAAGAUUAACAUGCACAAAGCUCCAAGAGAUAAGCUUGUGUGUCUUCUCAGUUGUUGUAAGGUCAUCAGUAACUUGCUAUUUAAUGCUUCUAUUGCUUCAAAUGAGAAUCCUCCGGGGGCUGAUGAAUUCCUUCCUGUCCUCAUUUAUGUUAUUAUAAAGGCAAACCCUCCACAACUGCACUCAAAUUUAUUGUAUAUACAACGAUACAGGGGUCAAUCCCGAUUAACUGGAGAAGCAGCAUAUUUUUUCACAAAUAUACUCUCUGCCGAGUCAUUUAUCUCAAACAUUGAUGCAAAGGCCCUCUCAAUGGAAGAAAUUGAGUUUGAAAAAAACAUGGAAUCUGCUCGAGCACUCCUAUCUGGGCUCUCUAGUGAUGUUGAAGCUAUUUCUAACAAAAAUAACUUGGAUGAAGGGGUAGGCCAUUAUUCAGAACUUGUAGAAACCAGUUCUCAAGCUUCUGUUGAAUCUCAAGUUAGACCUAAACCCACUGAAGGGAAGCCUAGAACUGAGGCACCACAUGCCAAAGAUCAAUCAACAGUAAUGGAAGUUCCAUCCCUCUCAGAUUUGGAAAAUAAGGGAGCGACUAUUCUUUUAAACGAUCAGACAGGAGGAAGGCAAGCAUUGCGAGAUUAUCCAUAUUUGUUUUCCCAAGUUGGGGAUCUUACAUUUAAAGAUGUAGAAGAGCUUCUUAGUCAAUAUAAACAACUUGUUUUCAAGUAUGUUUCCCUUUCUAGAGGGCUGGGUCUUACAACUGAGUUAUCAUCCUAUUCAAAUUCUGAAAUGUAUUCCCAACAUCAUCACGAGUCUUUCAAAGAACCUGAAGAUGUUAGAGAUAUGACAUCAAAUGAUGAGUCCGCUGGAGAGGGACAUAGGUUAAUUGAUGGUCCAGAUGGAACAUCGCUGUUUGGAGAAGAAAAUGUUGGAUCGGGGUUAGACAAGGUAGUACUACCUCAACAUGAAGGAAACAACGAAAUGUCUCAAUCCUAGCACCUUCAACAUUUUUUUUUUCAGUCUGAUUAUCUUCCUCAAAUUUCUGCCCAUCAGCAAAGAGAUCAUGUGAGGAGAAUAUGAUGUUUUACGUAGAUGAUGAGUAAUAGCAUUAGACGUCAACCAAGGAAAUUUAGCCCUGAUUUUGGAUCCGGCAACGGCCAGUAAAUCAGAUCACCUCCACGAAGACAUACUGAUGGCUAUCAGACUCAAAAAUUCUUCCCAUGUUUCAACAAGUAUAUCUCUAUUUUUCUCCACUUGUAACAUUGUAGCAAUUUCAUUCGGGAGCAUAUCAAUAAAUUUAUAGAUUGAAAAGACUUGGACUUCAUAUCAAUAUACAUUGAUCAUUUUUUAAUUAAA